GCUCAUGAAUGCGUUUAAAAAGAAAAACUAAUUAAUCCUGUAAUUUAAUCAUAACGCGUUAACGCGUUAUUUUUCACAGCACAAACUAUAUAUGUAUGCAUGUCUUCAUCGAUCCAUCUCUGUCUAUCUUGUCCUUGUGGGCGUGGCUAUGCAAAUCGCAACCUGUCUGAGGACUAACUCCAGGUCUCCUCCCACGUCGCCCGUCAGUCAGAAACUGGACAGUCAGCCUGGAGCAGUGAGAAGAAGCGUUGAACAAGUUUCCCGUGCGGCUCGACAUGCCACCUCACAUGGAUUACUUCUCCCACGAGUCCCGAGUCCCUUCCGCUUGCGGGCUGACCCGGGAGGACGAGCUGGAGCCCGGCGUCAUCAGCUGUAUGCUGGUGGGAGACGGGGCGGUCGGGAAGACCAGCAUGAUAGUCAGCUACACCUCCAACGGAUACCCGACCGAGUACCAGCAGACCGGCUUUGACGUCUUCUCCGGCCAGGUCCAAGUGGAAGGAGCUCCGGUUAGAGUUCAGCUUCUGGACACUGCUGGACAGGAGCAGUUUGAUGAAUUCCGGGCUCUGUCCUACGCCCACACGGACGUCUUCCUCCUGUGCUUCAGCAUGGUCAACCCCACCUCGUUCCACAACAUCACCAAGAAGUGGGUCUCCGAGAUCCGGGCGUACAAUCCGUCCUCGCCCAUCGUCCUGGUCGGGACUCAGUCGGACCUCUUGUUGGACGUCAACGUCCUCAUCAACCUGGACCGGUCCCACGUCAAGCCCAUUCUGAGCUCCCGGGCUCGGAGCAUGGCGGAGAAGAUCCGGGCGGCGGACUACGUGGAGUGUUCGUCGCUCACGCAAAAGAACCUGAAGGAGGCGUUUGACGCCGCCAUCUUUGCCGCCAUAAAGAACAACACCAACAAGUCCAAGAAGAGGAGGUCUUCGGACCGACGCACCAAAGCUUUCUCCCGGGGAAGCUGGAAGAAGUUCUUCUGCUUCGUUUAAAAAAAAAAAAACUAUGAAAAACAAGACUGCUAACUCUGUGGGUCGUGGACAAAAAGUUGGAAAAUGUAUUCAUCUCCCUUUACUUUCGCUCUGACUCGUGGCAGUCGAGCAUCCUUCCCUGUUGAGUGUGUGUUUGGCUGAUGUCACUUUGGGAUGCCAAAUGGUGCAACGGAGGGGAAACGAUACAUGAGCACGGGGUGGAAUUGGGAAGUAACAUCUGAGGCGACAGCUGAGAGGAUUAUGGGCCUGGGUUUCUCACACACACACACACACACACACACACACACACACACACACACACACACACACACACACACAGGGCAGCAGUGUUGUUCACAUUAUUUUCAAAUGUGAAUUUUUCCCAGAACAAAAAACAUGUGUUUCAUGUAUAAACAAAAAAAUCAAAGUGUGUGUGCUUUUAUACACACACACACACAGUGAACUGAGAAUCAAAAGGAACAAAUAGCAACACGCAGCCCAGGAGAGUGAGCCCAGAUCCAUUAUGUAAAUGUGGAGGAAUUUGAAUGCGUGGCUCUGCUGCAGAGAGAGAGAGACAGAAAGGGUCCGGGGUUGAGCUCUCUGUCUGCCUCCACCGGCCUAUUUAUAUGCGAGAGUUCAGAUUGCAGUGCGAGGUGCCCCCUCCUUGCCUGUGUGUGUGUGUGUGUGAGAGUGAGUGAGUGUCAAAGCGCCCCUGGCUAAUUUUGGGCCUGUGUGUUGUUUUGGUGUGGCACAUUUUGAGUUAAUCACCAGUCUUAUCACCCCUGGCAUAUAUGUUUGAGUGAAGAUUUUUUUUUUUUAAAUCACUUUAUUUAACAAUGCCAGAAAAAUCAACACGGGUGAUUUGCGGGAACAAAUGUCCUCAAUGCCGCAUCUGAGGUGAAAGGAUAACCACGGGAGCGGUAACCUUUUGUUUAAUUGUUUUUUUUGUCCCCGUCUCCCACCAAUCUGCAUCUGUAAAAAAAAAUUACAAAAUACCAGCACCGCAGGAGGUCUUGAUUUUCACCCUGCGGAUCCUCUCGCCUGGCUUUUUAAUUCGGCCCUCUUUUGUUUACAAGCUCAAUACACUCCUUGUGUCCUCGGCAGCCCCCUGUGUACAGAGCUAGACGGCCUCUACUGUAAUGUAAGUGGAAGGUAAUACACUUUCCUCCUCUUGUGUCUGAUGUGUGUACUGAAGUCAGAUGUUGCACUCCAGUGUGAUGAUAACUGCUGAUCCAGCAGUUUGUAUAUAAGUAGAGCCAAUAGGCUUCUUAUACUUCUUGUGGAAGCCCUCAUGUAUGUGUUAUUCUGUUUGUUAAAACAGGUCAUUUGCCAUUUAUACGUGUAGAUUAGAUGAGAUUUGUGAUGCAUGUACUCCACGUGUGUUUUGUUCCAUUUUCUAUCACUGUCACUACUCCUCCAUUGACCAUCUCCUUUCUCUUACCCACGUGUCUUUAUCUUUUUUUAAAUUACCCGUGGGAGUGAGAUGAUGCAAAUAAAAGAAGUGCAAAUGAU